AUGAACGCCAUUACUCAAGCUAUUUUGAAACAGUCGAAGUUGGAGGUGGAGCAUAUCAAAAUCACAAAGGCAACGAAAGACACUUUUCUCAUGUCUAUAAAGUCCAAACUCACCAAAAUUGGAAUAACCACGGCUCACAUGUCCGAAAUGACAGUCGACAUGGUCGGACCAGGCGGCGUGUUUGGACGUCUCGACAUUCCACCUGCCAAGAUUGGCCGUACGGGAGCUGAUAUUAUUAUUGCCGACCAAGUCGUCCAGAUUCUAGACAUGAAUGCUUUCAAGGCAUUUGUAACGUCUAUUAUGCAGGAUGAUGAAUUAGUCCUCCGCCUUGACAAUGGACAUUGCACUAUUAAGGCACUGGGUCGAACUGCGAGCAUUGUCUACGCCAAAGACAUACCUCUCAAAGGACUAAAGAGCCUGAAGGUGAAUGUCAUACAAACGGAGCCUGAAGAUGGUGGAUACAAGAACACGAUGCUCAUGGUUAAUUCAUCCCCGUUUGAGAUUGACCUCGGUACAGUGCAGUAUGAGGUUCUGGGCGAAGAUGGGGCGGUAAUAGCCAAACAGAAAGGGUCGAGCUAUAUCAGUCGCGGGGAGUCAAAAGCGAGUGUGACAGGGCCCAUCACAGGCAAGACGUCCAAGAGCCAAGUUCGGUUUAUUGGUGUGGAUGUGGACGAGGACAAUUGGUACAAGGAGAUCAUCAAGGCGGUUGAUAUCACGGUUGGAAUACCACGCCAGUCGACUGCCUGGCGUACUAGUUGA